AAACAACAAAAGAAAUGCUAUAACAUUGACCUUGACUGUACACGGUUUUUGUGUUUGAACGCAUAUGCAUGCAUCUUUUUUCGAAAAUCUGAAUUCACACUUUCAUACAGUAGCCGCGCCAUGAUUUUGAGCCCUAAAUAUGGAUGAAUACGAAGCACAAUUGCUCGUUGUGGAGCAGGCGUUAGAAAAUGCCACGGAUGAGCCGCAACGCCAGGAACUUUUGGCCCUCAAGUCAAAUUUACAGGAGCUACUUGCCCUCACCCGAGGAACAGAAGAUGAAGCACCAACCAACGAAGUACCUCAGCAAGGAGAUGAUAUGGACGACGAGCUGCAGCGGCUCAGAAGCGAACUCAACGAGCUGGAGGAGGCUGGCGCCUCCCAAUCCGCGGCGGAUGAGGAGCGGCAGCUGGCUGGCUUACGGGCCAAGUACACGGCCAUGGUGGGCGAGAAGUGCUCCGCUCCCCACGAGCACAGUUGGGGCACCUGCUACCACAACGCCCUCAUCUGCGGAGUGGACGAUGAGGUGGUCAUAAACAGCGAAGGCGCUUUAGAUGCACGAUUAAGGGUGCUGUUCACGAAUCCCACGCAUCGGGAAAUGCUGCCCUGUUCCUUUUAUCUCGAGGGCGAGUGCCGCUUUGACGAUACGAGGUGUCGCUUUUCCCACGGCGCUCUGGUGUCCGGUAGCUCCAUUAGGAAAUACAACCCACCCGAUUUCCACAAACUUUCCCGCAGUCGUCCAGUGUUUGCCCUGCUGCCGGACCGCCUGUGGCAUCGUGGUCGUGUACUUUGUGUAAAUUUCGUGGAGCAGGUGUGCCGGGUGCGCUUGGAUGGCCAGGAUCACAAGGAGCGGGAGCGGGACUUUAAGUUCGAAGAGCUGUUUCCAUUGACCACGGACUCGGAUGAGGAUGACGAACUCUCCAGCGAGGACAGCAACUCGAGCAUAAACGACGAAAGCAGUGACGAAGGCGACUCAGAGAUGGAUGAUUUGGAGGAAGCCAGAAGAGCCCGCAUGGUUGAGCUGAGUUUGUUUACCUUUAAGCCAACGGAAAAACUGGGCGCCUGGGAGGAAUUCACGCGGGGCAUCGGAUCAAAGCUCAUGGAGAAAAUGGGUUACAUCCAUGGUACGGGUCUGGGCUCGGAUGGAAGAGGCAUUGUGACCCCUGUAAGCGCCCAGAUACUUCCCCAGGGUCGAUCUCUAGAUGCUUGCAUGGAGCUGCGUGAGGCUGCCAACGGGGACAAAGACUAUUUCAGCGUGGAACGAAAGCUGAAGCGCGCCCAGCGCCGUCAGCGAAAAGCUGAUGAGAAGGCCUACGUCCGGGAGUCGCAACGAACAGAUGUUUUUACAUUUUUGAACGCCAGUGUUUUCGGCCCUGGGGAAAACGGUCAGCAGGGCGAGCAGGUGGCCAAGAAGGCUAGGACCAACGAACUACAGCAGCACUCGACCAAAACACUCAACGUGGAAUCAGUGCGAGUGGCUGACGAAAUGCGCCGAAAGCAGCGUGACAUGGCCAAGGUGAAGCAGUCCCUGGACCGAAAUUCAGGAGAUGCUCAGCUUCAAAAGCGUCUGCAAGUGCAGCUGGAGAGCCACAAACAGGAGCUGGCCACACUCCAGGCCCAGGAACGCAGCUUAAGCAAGGAACAGCAGACGCGCAAGAGCAAGAAUAAAAUGUUUGAGUUUUAAUAAGUACA